GCUUGGCCAAACAUAGUGAAGGGCUUGCCAGAGAGUCUAGGUGUGCAUGUAUGAACACGUGCACCUGUCGUCUGCUCACACCCAUUCUCUGAGGAUCCAAAGUUCUGCUUCACCUUGCAGCUGUGAUUUUUCCUUCCACUUUUUAGUUUAUUUUCUUUUGGUCACAUAAAAGCAUUUUUUUCCACUGAAGUCACCAUGAAAAUAGCAGCUUUCAACAUGAAGAAUUUCGGACAGAAAAAGGUCUCAGACGACAAAGUCGUUGGAUACCUUGUUAAGAUCAUGUCUCAGUACAGCAUCGUGGUGAUCCUGGAGGUGAUGGAUGAAAGCGGUGAAGCCAUGAAGCUCCUGCUGGAAAAGCUCAACAGCAGCAGCCAGAACAAGGAGAGUCCUUAUGGAAUGAUCUGCAGCAAAUCUCUGGGCAGAGACACCUACAAGGAGAAAUACGUCUGCUUCUACAGAACGAAGGAGGUGGAGCUGAAGGACUCCAAGCAGUACGCUGAUGACCAGCCUGGAGAUGAGGACGCCUUUGCCAGAGAGCCCUUCAUCCUGCGCUUCAGCUGUCCGUCCACUGCUGUGACUGACAUCGUCCUGAUUCCCGUCCACACCCAGCCGGUAAAAGCAGAGAAGGAGCUGGACGAGCUUUUUGAUGUGGUCCAACAGGUCCGGACGGAAUGGAAGACAGAUAACAUCAUGAUUUUAGGAGAUUUCAAUGCAAGCGGUCCAUAUCUGUCCAAGAAGAGGAAGAUAAAGCUCCGCAUCCAACAGCCUCCCUUCUAUUGGCUGAUAGACGAUGAUGUCGACACCACAACCAGCACCUCCAACGACAACACCUACGACAGGAUCGUGGUGCACGGACAGACCCUGCUGGACGCCGUAAAGCCUGGAUCUGCAAAGGCUUUCAACUUCCAGGAAAAGUUCCAACUGACUGAAGAGGAGGCUCUCAGCAUCAGCGACCAUUAUCCUGUGGAGGUGGAGCUGCUCCCAUCAGGACAAAAACGUCAGGCUCAGACUCCAAAGACAGGAGCUGGGAAGAAGAAGAAAACAGCAUGAGGAUGUUCUGGAGACAGAACAGGAGGAUCUUCAGCCGCAACUUCUGUUUGCUCCUCUUCCGACUGAAUAAAGAACUUCUUCAUGAA